CUAAAACCUCACGAACCGCUCCAUCGCCAACCGACCUGCACCGCAUCCCCUUCUUCUCCUCGUGAACUCCUGCCUUCUCUCUACUUCCAACCUUCUCUUCCAUCUACUCUACAUUAUCUGGUAGCAAUGGCGGCUCGGGCAAAAGACAUUACCGUCAAGCUGAUCGUCGAGGCCGGAAAAGCGUCUCCAUCGCCUCCUGUUGGUCCUGCCUUGGGUUCUAAGGGUGUCAAGGCAAUGGAUUUCUGCAAGGAAUUCAACGCGCGCACUGCCCACUAUACUCCUGGCGUCCCAAUCCCGACCUCGAUCACAAUCAAACCCGACCGAACAUUUACUUUCGUAACCAAGAGCCCUACCACCUCGUUCUUGAUACUCAGAGCUGCCGGCGCUGCCAAGGGUGCUGGAGAGUACGGAAACGGACAGCCUCCUGUGGGAAAGAUUUCACUCAAGCACGUUUAUGAAAUCGCAAAGAUCAAGCACAAGGACCUCUAUCUCUCCGGAUUGAGUCUCGAGGCUAUCGCCAAACAAGUCGUUGCUACCGCAAAGACAGUGGGCGUCGAGGUCUUGCCUUGAAUCCUCCUCGCUUCCUCCCUUUCACUCAUCGAGUUGCAAUCAAUCACGAGCUUUUUACAGAUAAUCGAAACCAAUUACUCUAUUUGUCUUUUUAUUUUCUAUCUUUGCUGGCGUGGAAAGUGUUCUCGAGCACGCACUGGAUGCGGGAUUGACAAUACUCUCCGAUUCUCCUCAACUCAUACUGCAACAACUUCUCUAUUUUUCAUCUAUAUUUUUGUACGAUAUGCAUACACAGACAACUGCAAGUCUAUUUUUCUUAUCUCUUCCGCUUUAUUACUCUACUUCACGACAGUUUUCACAAUUCUAUCGACUUGCAGGAACAUAUUUUCUUCUCUCCCACCGGUGCUGAUUUUUUCAUCUUUCUAUAAAGUCGCUUUAUUUGUGUUUCUUCUUCUUAGCUCAGUAGUUUGCUAUCUCUGUAAAUAUUACACUUCUAUCUUCUAUUCUUCUAUUUCCUCUUACUACCGUAGAUAUACGAACGAACCCGUUC